UUAAGUUAUCUAUUUAGGAAGAGUGUGAAAUUAUAAGUCUGGAUUCACAGGAAAUCUCCAGUGUUAGAUGUGAAUACUAUCUUGGUAUACUUCCACUCAGGGUUCUUCUCCGACCUGAGCAAGAGCUUGAUUAUUUUCUCCAGUUUAUGGAUCACGGAGAGGAUCGAGGAGAAAGGGAUCAAGAUCAUCUGGUGGAUCUUAUCCGGAGAAGAUGGAAACAGGAUCAAUUCUCUCCUGAGAUAAUCCGACGGGUUGAAGGUAUCCUGGAUAUAAAUACAGUAGAGCACCGUGUACCUGGAGCAGAAUCAGCUCGAGGUUUCCUUCCCAUCACAUCUCUAGCCUCACACUCUUGUGCCAGCAACUCAAUUAAGGAUAAGACGAACCCUAAGUUUGUGAUUACCAGAGCAAGGACGAAAAUCCUGAAAGGAGAAGAGAUAACGUUUCACUACACGGGAGGAUUGAAGGGAAGAUUCAUGAGAAGAAAAGCGCUCAAAGCAGGAUGGUUUUUCUGGUGCUCCUGCUCCCGGUGCUCUAGUCCCUCGGAGCAGGGUUCGGAGAUAAAUACUCUGAUCUGUAGUUCAUGCUCAGGACUGGUUCGUCCUGUUUCUCCAUUAGACCAGGAGAGUAUAUAUAGUUGUGAGGGUUGCAAAGAUGAAUUAUCAGCAAAAGAAGCAGAGAAUAGAGAGCAGGAGCUAACUAAACAGCUGGAGAGCUUUUACAGGAAGAAAGGGUUUCUCCGGUCAAGUUCUUGGAUGGGUUGGAGGAGAGCCUGGAGCUAGUGAAAGAAGCGUCCUGGUGUCUGCAGUUUAAUCAGACGGAUACAGCAGAGUAUAGACUAAGAGAACUGGCACUGCAAGCUCAGGAGAAUCUCGUUAAAACCAUUCAAUUCUUUUCAUCUGUUCUACCUAAAUAAAUAUACAUCUAAAUCUUAA